AUGGCAGCUCAACGGCUGGGCAAGCGCGUGCUCAGCAAGCUGCAGGCGCCGUCGCGGGCCCGCGGGCCUGGAGGCAGCCCCGGGGGGCUGCAGAAACGGCACGCCCGGGUCACCGUCAAGUAUGACCGGCGCGAGCUGCAGCGGCGGCUGGACGUGGAGAAGUGGAUCGAUGGGCGCUUGGAGGAGUUGUACCACGACAGGGAGGCAGACAUGCCAGACGAGGUCAACAUUGAUGAAUUGUUGGAAUUAGAGAGUGAAGAGGAGCGAAGCCGGAAGAUUCAAGGACUCCUGAAGUCCUGCACAAGCCCCACAGAGGACUUCGUGCAGGAGCUGCUGGCGAAGCUGCGCGGCCUGCACAAGCAGCCCGGCCUCCUCCGGCCGCGCAGCCCCUCGGACGACUCGGACGGCGGCGGCCUGAGCCCCCGCCUGGACCGCGCGCGCCCCGCGCCGCCCUGA